AUGACAAGCCCCAAGACGAUAAAGGAAGUACAGCAACUAGCAGGAAGGAUAGCCGCUCUCUCUCGAUUCUUACCCGCGGUAUCAAGUCGGUCACACCUAUUCUUCCAGACGAUCUUAAAAAACAAACAAUUUCAAUGGACACCAGAGUGCGAGACGGCGUUCGCCGAACUUAAGACCCUUCUAUCAUCACCUCCCGUAUUACAAAGACCUGAGGUCGGCAAGCCUCUAUAUUUAUACCUUUCUAUUUCCAAUCAUUCCGUAAGCUCGGCCCUCGUCAUUGAGACAGGAAGGACUCAACAGCCGGUAUACUUCGUCAGCAGAGUAAUGCAACCUACGGAACAAAGGUACCCGAAAAUAGAGCAGCUCGCCCUGGCACUCGUGGUCACGGCAAGAAGACUAAGACACUAUUUCCAAAGCCACACAAUAGUAGUAAGAACAAAUCACCCAUUGAGGCAAAUAUUAACAAAACCAGAGCUGGCAGGACGAUUGACCAAAUGGUCAAUUGAACUCUCAGAGUUCGAUAUUCAGUUUCAGACUAGAUCAGCCCUCAAGGCACAAGUUCUCGCCGACUUCAUCACAGAUAUGACCCCAGACGAUCAUAUUGAAACAUGGGAGUUACACGUGGAUGGGGCGUCAAGCCGAGAAGGAAGCGGGGCUGGCAUAAUCUUAAAGGAGGGAAAUAAGGUGGUAGCCGAGCAAGCCCUCCAAUUUCACUUCUCGGCAAGCAACAAUCAGGCCGAGUAUAAAACCCUCAUAGUGGGACUUAAGCUCGCCCUAAGCCACAAAGCGACGAACUUAAUGGCACAUUGCGAUUCCCUCCUGGUGGUCCAACGAAUCCGAGGAGAGUUCCAGGUAAAAGACCCUUUGCUAGAACAAUACUGGCUCAUAGCAAAGGAUCUAAUUUCAAAUUUCAGUUCUUUCACUAUAUUACAUGUACACAGAGAACACAAUGUCAGGGCAGACAUACUAUCUAAACUCGCCGCCACGAGGGCGGAUACACAAACAUCAACAUUAUCACAACACACACUCACAAAACCGAGCAUUGACCUACUAUGUAUCGAAAACAUUAACCACCUCCAGGAUUGGAGGAAACCUUUUCUUGAAUACAUAUGUACAGGUAUCAUACCCAGAGACGAGCUCCACCCUCAACAAUUCAGACGUAAGGCAAGCUUCUAUACGAAAAUAUCAGGGGAGCUAUACAGAUGA